CCAUGUGAGUCCCAACGUUGGGUUCGGUAUCCGAACGGAGUCUUCGUGGUGACGGGCAGACGGCCUCUGUCUGUAACGCGGUCCCAGCUGGUCGUAUUCUUUCUUUUCCUCGCCGUCGAGGAUUCACCAGGACUCGCCGGUCCGUCCGCGACACGCCGCGUAACGUUUAAAUGGAAAUCCUUGAUUGGGAUCACGGAUAUCCACCUCGAAAAUACGUGCCGAUUGCAUGCCGCUCGACUUGACUGGUUACUCGAGUCGCAAUUAAUGCGCUAGUUACACGAGUUCCCGGUAAACUCGUCACACACCGGCAGUGCCAUACUCCUCUUUGUUUCGGGCAUCGCUACCGAUGACCAUGUGACCGGAAGUGGCGACAUUCUGUUUCUGUAAAGUCAACAGUGUAAAGUUAGUUUUGUGAUAGUUAGUUUGUUAAUUGCAUUUGUUUGUUGCUAGAGCAGAGACAAUAUAUCUCGAUCGGCCACAAUUGGAGUAAAUGCGACUUAGCCUGAUCUGCCAAGGAGCUCACAAAGCUGAAUGGCUACGUCGGUGCCGUCAUCUCUAAGAACUCGCGGCUUAUCUGCGUUAUGGCUUCUCCUGCUACUAUUGCCAGCCGCACUUGCCACCUACAGCAUCGGCGUCGGAAGAGCUGACUGCACAGGACCUAUUGCAGAUAUUGUCUUUAUGGGAUAUGCAAAAAUCGAGCAGAAGGGAAAUGGUCUUCACCUUCGAACUUUUUCCAGGGCUUUCAUAAUAGACGAUGGCGUAGAAAGAUUUGUGUUUGUCAGCGUGGAUAGCGCGAUGAUAUGCCACGACAUACGGCAAGAGGUGCUGCGCAAAUUGCGACUCCAAUUUGACGACAUGUACACGGAGAGAAACGUGAUGAUUAGUGGUACACAUACUCACUCGAGCCCGGGUGGUUUCAUGCUCGACGUACUUUUCGAUUUGACCACAUUUGGCUUCGUCAGAGAGUCGUUUAACGCCGUCGUCAACGGUAUAACAAAGAGCAUCGAGCGCGCCCACAAUGCUGUUGCGCCUGGAAAGAUCUUUAUCACACACGGUCAAGUUUUAGAUGCUAAUAUUAAUAGAAGCCCGCAAGCCUACCGUAAUAAUCCGCAAUCAGAGAGAGACAAAUAUGAAUAUGACGUAGACAAGAUAUUAACGCAGGUCAAAUUCAUCGGCGCCGAUGAUAAACCCAUGGGUGCCAUAAAUUGGUUCGCCGUGCAUCCCACUAGUAUGAACAAUACCAAUCGCUUGGUCUCCAGCGACAAUGUAGGCUACGCUUCGAUCCUCUUCGAGAAAAUGAUGAACGAUAAUGGCGCGACUGGCAAGGGCUCGUUCGUAGGAGCCUUCGCCUCGACGAAUCUCGGCGACGUUUCACCGAACACACGUGGACCAAAAUGCGAAUUCUCCGGUAAAAACUGCACCGAUCAGUACACGUGUCCCGGGGAGAAGGAAAUGUGCUUCGCUUCUGGUCCUGGCAAGGAUAUGUUCGAGAGUACGAGUAUCAUUGCUCACAAGCUUUAUGAGGAGUCAUUGAGAUUGUGGCGGAGCGGCGAAGCGACGGAAGUUAUCGGACCGGUGCGAGUGGUUCAUCAAUAUGUCGACAUGCCGAAGCAGUCCGCGAAAUACUACAACCACACAACGGGUCAGAUCGAGGAGGUGCAGGGCUGCGUACCUGCGAUGGGCUACAGCUUCGCAGCUGGCACCACCGACGGGCCCGGCUCGUUCGCCUUCGAGCAGGGAACGACGACGCCUAAUCCGUUUUGGAACGCCGUGCGAAACUUCUUGGCUGCGCCGACGAAGGACGACAUUCGUUGCCACGGCGCGAAGCCCAUCUUGCUAGCCACCGGUCGGAUGAAGCUGCCUUAUCAGUGGCAACCGAGCAUCGUCUCGACGCAAGUCGCCGUGAUUGGAAACGUCGUUAUCGCCGGGGUACCCGGCGAAUUCACGACAAUGUCCGGAAGAAGAUUGCGAGAGGCUAUCAAGAACGUCACGAACGAUGCGCCCGACGACAGAACGUCCGUAAUAGUGGCAGGGCUGUGCAAUGUUUACAGCGAUUACAUAACGACGCCCGAGGAGUAUCAAAUACAGAGGUACGAAGGCGCAUCGACGAUAUAUGGUCCGCAUACGCUCACAAUUUACUUGAGACAAUACCGGGAGCUGGUACAGGCAGCCAUUCAACAAAAACCUGUACCAUCAGGACCGUCACCCCCGGAAUUGCUACAAAAAUACUUGAUCACUCUUGUACCUCCUGUCCUCUACGACACCCCGAAAUGGGGGCAUAACUUUGGCGAUUGUGUCCAGCAGCCGUCGAAAGUCGCGUCGCCGGGUGAUACGAUCACGGCAACUUUUGCUUCCGGUCAUCCUCGUAAUAAUUUAAUGACGGAGAUGACAUUUUUAACUGUGGAGAAAUUAGGAAAUGAUGAAGUUUGGAUACCAGUAGCCACGGAUGCUGAUUGGGAGACCAAAUUUCAAUGGACAAGGACGUCGAUGAUACUGGGAUCGAGUCAGGUGACCAUUACGUGGAAAAUCCCACAGGACGUUAAACCGGGCGAGUAUCGUAUCAGACAUAAUGGUUAUUAUCGCUAUAUUCUCGGUGGCGUGUAUCCUUACUACGGUGUCACCAAUCAUUUCCAAGUGGAAGUUCCUACAUAAAGAUUCUGUAGAUAUUAUUAAAACAAUCACUUGGUGCCCAGUGCCUGCCUGAGUCAAUAAGGAAAUAAUUACGCUUAAUUAUAAUCAAAUCGAUCCCGCUGUGUAAUCAACGCAUGUGUAAAUAAUAUUCUGUUUGAUAAAAUAGUGGGAUUAUGCGGAUUAAGAAUAAUCAACGUAUGAAUACAAAAUAAUUAUCUUCUAUCUGAGAAAUUAUUGAGCUUUUUUAUGUACCUAAGCUUGUAUAAAACGCAUUGUGUUCUCCCUUUUCCAAAUAUAUCUAGAUAUAUUGCUUCAAGUUUACCAAUGACGUGAUAUCUUUUUUAGGAUAUAUUUCAACUUAUAAUAUUCAUUUACGUACGAUUGAAACAGAAGAUUAUUUAUGAGAUUCGUGAGAUUAUUUGCGAGCUUCAUCUGAAAAAAGUCUAUUGUUACUGUAAAAAAUAUUGACCUACUUUGAGCAAUAAAUGGACUGCUGUGUAUUGCAUCACA